AUGGCUUCUGAAUCCACUCAAAAUCAUCAACAAAAUAAGGGAGAAAGCCAAUCAUCCGAAAGCACCAAUCAUCAUGUUCCACCUUCAGGAAGCCAUAAUUAUCCAGGGGCAGGGUAUCCUCCAGCAAUGGGUUAUCCUCCUGCAAUGGGCUAUCCACCACCACCGGGACAAUAUCCAGGCUAUCCGCCGCCCGGCUAUUAUCCUUAUGCACAAGUAUCACCACCUCCACCAGCGGCAGCAGCCUAUUAUAAUGCAACAUCGCAUCAACAACAAGGAUAUCAAAGGUCAUCAGGUUUCUUACGAUGCUUCCUGAUAAUGACAAUAUUCGUGGUAAUGUUUAUGUUUACGGCAACCAUCAUUACGUGGCUUGUAUUGCAUCCUCAAAUGCCUGUUUUUCAUGUCGACAACUUCUCGGUUUCAAAUUUCAAUGCCACCUUGCCCAUCUUCACUGCUGAUUGGGAAGCCAAUGUAACAGUUCGAAAUCCAAAUACCAGAUUGAAAAUAGAUUUUGGUCAAAUACAGAACUUUGUGUUCUACGACGAAGAUUAUCUUCUUGCUUCUGCUAUUUCCCAGCCUUUCUCCCUGGAAACAAAGACAGACAACGUAAUACAUGCCAAGUUAUCGGCCAAUAACAAGGAUAACUCGGUGGAGAACUGGGUGGUGGACAAAUUAACCAAGGAAAGGAGCAAUGGAGCAGUGAGUUUUAAUUUCAGGAUGGUAUUUUGGACUACGUUUAGAUCUGGUUUAACGUGGAAAAGGCAUUUAACCAUGAGAGUUCUGUGUGAAGAUAUUCAGGUUACUUUUGCGGGUGCUUCAGGUAAUGGAAAUAUUGCAGCCAAUGGACAUAGGGAUUGCUUAGUUUUCCCUAGAGAAAGUGUUGCAAGAAAGAGGGUCCAAUUGAAGUUCAUGAAAUUCCAAGACCAAAUAGUCGACAUUCUCACUAAAUCACUCAAGAAGAAUGAGUUCCGCAAGGCAUAUAAUGCUCUAGUUUCGAUUAGUGUGCAUAUAUGUGGGACUUCUGAUUACUCGUUUGGAGAGCGUAAAGAUCUGAAGUUUGGAUUAACCCUUGCCUGCUGCUGUGGAAGCUUUGUUUCUAAUUUAGCGAUUGCCUGA